UUUAGGAAAAUAAAUAAAGUUUGAUGUUGUUUUCAUUUUGUUUUGUUUGGUAAACAUUUUCAACUUUCCGAUGGAAAAAUAAAGUUUUAAUUGUUGUUCUUGUAAUUUAAACACAAUUACGAUGUGUAAGUAAAUUUGUUGAUCAUCUAUACCUUUAAUUAGAUAAUGAUGAUCGAUCAGGUUGAUUGAAUAACGAUGAGAACAAGUUGAUUUAAGUUUCAGAAUGAAAUUAAAACCAUGUUACCUUAAUAUGGAUUAGACUCUUGGGAGUUAAUCAUGAUAACUGUUAAUCAAUUAAUUUAUAUUGAACUUUGAUGUUUGUUAUUUAAUAUCAAUUAGUUCAACAUGGAUUGAUCAACAUUUAUGAUUAUCUAUGUUUAGAUAUUUUUUUUUUCUUAAUCAUCAAGUUGAUUAACUUGAGUCUUGAAGUAAUUUGCUCAAACUCACAAAAAUAUUAUAACUAUUACAACAAUCAAGUGAAUCAAAUUUACUGGAUUAACUAGUUAGAAUCAUCUUAGUAUCAUGUGAAGUGAAAACAAGCAAUUAGUUAAUUCUGUUACCAUUGAUAAUAAUAAUAAUAUUGUUAAAUUGUUCUCAAUCGCAAAGAAUCAAUAAAUUGUCCAAACUAAUUGUUGUUACCAUGAACUGGAAAGAGUAUCGAGAAGCAGGUAAAAUGAUGGUUGAUUAUAUUGCCGAUUAUAUGGAAACAAUUAGAGAUCGUCGGGUUUUCCCUUCGGUUAAACCAGGUUAUAUGAGAGAUUUAAUUAGUGACCGAGCACCGGAAGAAGGUGAAUCCUGGUCAGCCAUUUUUACCGACAUUGAAAGGGUCAUCAUGCCCGGAGUGACCCACUGGCAGUCCCCACAGAUGCAUGCCUAUUUUCCCGCUCUCAAUUCACCAGCCUCACUUUUGGGCGAUAUGCUUUCCGAUGCAAUUAAUUGCCUCGGUUUUACUUGGGCUUCAUCACCCGCUUGUACUGAAUUAGAGUUAAUUGUUAUGGAUUGGCUUGGAAAGAUGAUCAAUUUACCGGAAGAGUUUCUCCACACCCGACCUGAGUCACUUGGCGGUGGAGUGAUUCAGACAACCGCAUCAGAGGCCACACUUGUAGCCCUUUUAGCGGCUCGAACGGAGGCCAUUCGAAAGUAUAAGUCAAUGGUUGACGAAGAGUUUGAAGACGCUGAUCUUAAUCGACGGUUGGUCGCUUAUUGUUCAGAUCAGGCUCAUUCAUCGGUUGAGAAAGCGGGUCUGAUUGGACUGGUUAAGAUGAGGUACAUUGAGACAACCGAUGAACUUUCAAUGAGAAUCGAUUAUCUUAUUGAGACAAUUAAACACGACCAGUCCCAGGGUUUGAUUCCCUUUUUCCUUUGUGCCACCCUUGGUACAACGGGUGCUUGUGCGUUUGAUAAUUUAUCGGAAAUUGGGCCAAUCUGUGCAUCGCAAGAUAUUUGGAUUCACGUGGAUGCCGCUUACGCGGGUAGUGCGUUCAUAUGCCCCGAGUAUCGUAAAUGGUUAAACGGGAUUGAAUUUGCGUCAAGUUUUGCCUUCAACCCGUCAAAAUGGUUAAUGGUUCAUUUUGAUUGUACCGCGAUGUGGGUCAAAAACAGUCAAGUGCUUCAUCGUACCUUUAACGUUGACCCUUUAUACUUGAAACACGAAAAUUCUGGCCUGGCUGUUGAUUAUAUGCACUGGCAGAUAUCAUUGUCCAAACGGUUUCGAGCGCUCAAAUUAUGGUUUGUAUUGAGAAACUUUGGCCUCAAGGGAUUACAGGAACACGUUCGAACCAGCGUCCAGUUAGCUGGACUUUUCCAGGAUCAGGUUACUCUUGAUCCUCGAUUUGAAAUCCCGGCAGCUCGACAUUUGGGUAUGGUUGUUUUCCGACUCAAGGGUGACAAUCAAUUAACAGAGAAACUGUUGAAAAGGUUAAAUUCUGAAGGUAAAAUUCAUUGUGUUCCCGCUUCGCUGAAAGGUAUUUACGUAAUAAGAUUUACGGUCACUUCUCAUCUGACCAAUGAGAUUGAUGUACUUGCCGAUUGGAAAGUGAUCCAAGAAACGGCCACCACAGUGAUCGCAAUGUUUACAACACCAACCAGUGGAUCGGGAAGGCGAACAAUCAAUUUGGCCGAAGCGAAAAAGUUAACACCCGAUUUUGGGACAAGUCUUUUACUCUCUAACAGUCCGAUGACCCCUAAAGUGGUCAAUGGGUCAUUCGUGGCCAUUUUCGAUAACACGGAAGUGGUUCCAGAGUUUGUUCGGCACCUUGGUAACUCGUUGAGAUUAGUGGCCAAAGAAAGUCCAUCUUUACGUCGUCGAAUCAAGGGAUUAAUGUUAACCGAUAAACAAUACAGUCUUGAUUCUCGAAUUGAUCUGAUGAACUCGAUAAUGGCAAGUUUGGACUUAUCGUCAUCCGAUGGACCCAAACAACGACGAAGCGAAAGCUCCGAUGAUAAAGAUGAUGCUAUUCGGGAGGAAGAGGAAUAAGUUAAUCAAAUUAACUUGAACAAUUAAGAAAAAGUUUACGAAUCAAAUGAAAAUAAAAAGUUAUCGAAAUGACAAUUUCAUUUACAGUUACAAGGAAAAUACAAAAUUUAAUUCUGUGUGUCUAUUGAUUAUUAACA